AUGGGAGAAAAAUGGAAAAGACAGCAAAAACUUGGGAAUGUUCCACGGAUUCCUUGCAUUCGCGUCCCUUCCUCUGCCUUGGAGACUUCUUUACUGAAGGACCUAACCCAAGGGCAGCAGCGCUAUUUUUACAGCAUCAUGAGGAUUUACAAUUCCAGGCCCCAGUGGGAGGCCCUGCAGAACCGCUAUAUUCACAGCCUUCGGCACCAGCAGCUGCUUGGCCACAUUACUCAACAGGAAGCUUUGGCUUGUGCUGCUGUGCUUAGAGAUUCAACCAAGAGAGCCUCAGCUAAGGUAGCUCCCCAAAGAUCCAUGUCCCAGAAGCCUUCAGCCAUGACAAGAACAGGGCCGUCAGCACUACCUGUGGUUCAACUCAGGGCUAAAAGUGCAGGGCUUGGCUACCUCAGAAACUGA